GAUGAUUCCCCCGGUGGAGGUCUCUUCGUUGAUCAAGGUCUCCAGGUACUCACUAUUGCUACUCGGAAUGAUCUAUGGAAAGAAAAGAUAUGAUUACUUGAAGCCUGUUGCUGCGGAGGAAAGGAGAAUAGAAGAGGAGGAGAAGAAGAAGCGCGAAGAAAUGGAACGCAUUGCAAAAGCACUGGCAGAAGCUAGCGAAGAUACGAUACUGAAAUAAAACCAACUCAAUCGUCGGUUUCAACU